UCAGAACCUUCACUAUGGAUUUUUUUAAGGGCAAUGAGGCAUUGUGUGGAAUUCUGAGGUUCAAUGUCCCAAUUUGCCCCGAGGUUUCUAAUCACGUAUCAAAGAGGAAAAUGGUGGAAAGAGCUUCAUUGAUUGCUUUUGGGGUUGUGGCUUUCAUUUCAAUUGUUUCUCUAGCUCUUAUCUUUCUCAGAAAAAGAAGGAAAGAUAAGACAACUAUAGAAGUUGAUGAAAUGAUAUCCAUUGUGCCAGAGAGAAUCUCUUAUUAUGAACUUAUGCAAGCAACUGAACAAUUCAGUGGGACCAAUUUGCUUGGCACUGGGAGUUCUUGCUCUGUGUACAAAGGAGUUCUUAACAAUGGGAAGGUUGUCGCUGUCAAGGUGUUUAAUCUACGGUUGGAAGGCAUUUCAAAGAUAUUUGAUGCCUAAUAGUGUCAUAAGUUGUUGUUCCAAUGAAGACUUCAAGGCAUUAGUACUUGAAUACAUGGCCAAUGGAAACCUUGAGAAAUGGUUAUAUUCUCAAAACCAUUUCUUGAGUUUCAUGGAAAGAUUGAAUAUAAUGAUCGAUGUUGCAUCGGCUUUGGAGUAUCUUCACUGUGGGUAUUCGACGCCAAUUGUCCACAGUGACUUGAAGCCAAGUAAUGUCCUGUUAGACGAAGAUAUGGUUGCCCGUGUAAGCGAUUUUGGGAUAGCAAAGUUGCUAUACAAUGGAGAUAGCAUGGUGUUAACCAACACCCUGGGAACAUUGGGUUACAUUGCUCCUGAGUAUGGUUCAGAAGGGCAAGUCUCCACAAGGUGCGACGUCUACGGGGUGACGUUGAUGGAAGUUUUUACGAGAAAAAAGCCAAGUGACGACAUGUUUGAUGGAGAUCUAAGCUUGAAGAGUUGGAUUGAAAGGUCAGUUCCACAAUUCACAUAUCAAGUUAUAGAUGACAACUUACUGAUUAACACUGAAGAAGAACAUGGCGACAAAAUUGUGGAAUUCACAUCAUCCAUAUUGGAGUUGGCCAUAAACUGUUGUGCAGAUUCUUCUCAUGAAAGGAUUAAUAUGAAAGAAGCUCUAGCACAUCUGCAGAAAAUCCAACAUGGGUUUUUGGGGUGA